AUGCCACUCCAGCCUGCUGAAUUCUCCAGUCGUUCUGGCCCUUUGACUCGGGAGUUAACCCAGGCUACAUUAGGGACUACUACACCUCCAUCAACUCAACUCAGACCGCCGCGCUUCCGGCGAGAUCCGACUAGUACACCUCCAGCGACUCAACCCAGACCACCUGGCCUCCAGCGAGACCCAACUAGUACGCCUCCCUCAACUCAAGCCAGCCUGAGACCACCGCGCUUCCGAGGUCAUGACGAUAGUGGGUCAACGUACCGAGACCAUGAAGGCAACUUGGACAGACAAUCUCCUGUGGAUCAAAUUGACAAUCAAGAUAUCGAGGCCUCUCAAGUGGCUGAAGCAAAAAGGCGCAUAGCAACACUAGAGGAUGAGCUUGAAAAGCUCCGUAGUGGUUUGAAGCGCAAAAUGAAAGGGGCUGACGGUGCCCAAGGUGAUGACGCGGGGAACUUAAAACCAAUUAUUGUGUCCUGGAUUGCAGAAAUAUUCUCUGUCACCGAUCUGACUCUGGAUGCUAGCAAUAAGAGUAGCCGCGGCUUUGCAAACAAUCAUACUGGCCGCCUCCUGUGCCCCAUAGAAUAUGACUGGAGUGGCUCAAACGAUCGUGACCCAGACUUCUUAGUGACGGCGCUCAUGAUGCCUACCUUCUUGUACAAGAACUAUAAUAUGAAUGCUGACAACAUGAAAGAAGGCAUUCAAGUUUAUCUUUACCUCCCCUUCGGAUCGGACACUCGCACACGUAAUCAUGUAGCUGCUCUCUUGGGCAUGCAAUCGGUUAAACCGAGGGCCAUCGCUUAUGUGGCAGUACAGUUACAUUUUGCAUUAUUGAAUUUCUACAGGUUUAUUGUUGAUUUUCCUGAGAUGCCCCCAGGUCCUGCCAGCAAGAAUCGUGUUAACAUGUUAUUAUUAUGGUGGAAUCAAAAAGUUUUUGGCCUUCAUAAUGCUAGCAACUACAGCCCCCAGGAUUACGCAAGGAUGUUGAUGUCAAAGCUUAAGGCACAAAGAGUCGCUCGAGAAAGUAUAUCGUCAAUCUAA